CCGAAAGAAAAGGUUUAAAUGGCGUCUAUGUACCAAUUUGAUUCUGGGACGUCGUUAUUCCUUUCUGUCUUUGUCAUUUUCUCAGGAAUCAUAUUUUGCUUUUGUGAAGGCUGUACAGCAGACGAGUGUCGCAUCAUCCUAUUUGAGGAACCGAUACCAAAUAUGGCAAUUAAGGGACAUGUGAUCAGGAGUGGUGAAGUCCUUAGUGAGGGGAGCUGUCGCACGAUGUGUUAUAUGGAGCCUAACUGUGUUUCCAUAAAUGUGCAACCUUUGCAAGGAGGAAAGUACAAAUGUGAGUUAAAUAACGCCACAGUUGAUGAAAGUAAACUGACCUUCCUUCAGGAAACGGAUGCUUACUACCUAGCUAUUGAGAAUCCCUGUAGUAGCAGCCCCUGUGUGAAUAACGGAACUUGCCAAGUUGGUUUCACCAGCAAAGGGUUUCGAUGUGUCUGUGUUCCCGGAUAUGCUGGAGAAAACUGCAGUGUUUUAUCAAAAUCUUGCAGUGACUUAAAGAAGCUUGAUCCUAAGGCAAAAAGUGGAAUCUGUCUGAUUGAUCCAGAUGGUGAAGGAGGAUUGCUACCUUACUACGUCAGCUGUGACAUGAGUGACAAAGGCGGAGUUGGCGUGACUGUCAUAAGUCACGACAGCGAGAGCAGGACAUUAGUGGACAAAAAUGAAUCCGGGGAAACCUACUCUCGCGACAUACACUACAGAGAAGCGAACAUUUCUCAACUUGUGAGUCUCAUCAACAUUUCCCAACAGUGUGAGCAGUUCCUAAGGUACGAGUGCAGAGGUUCUACAUUGACAGAUGGCUUUUGGGUUUCACGUGAUUCGAUAGAAAUGACAUACUGGAGUGGUGCGGCACCUGAAAGUCACAUGUGCGCAUGCGGAAUGAACGGCACAUGCGCACAACCCAGUAAGUCAAUAAAAUGCUCCUGUAACUGUUGUGCGAAUGACGGUGUAUGGCGUGAAGAUAGUGGUGUCCUUACCAACAAGACACAUCUGCCGGUUAAACAGCUCAGGUUUGGAGAUACAGAUUACGACGGUCCAUCAAAAUUUGAUGAGAAGGGUUACCAUACCUUGGGAAAGUUUAAGUGUUACGGAAUCGCCUAAUUGUAUGGAAGAACUAAAUCGCUAAUCAACACUGAUCGUCCCGUCUUACGGUAAGCUUAUAAAAACUAUUGCCAGUGAUUAUAAUUUAAAAAGUUUAUUAAACAAUGUUUUUA